AUGGCUGCUGCUACCGAGAGCUUCAUCCACCUCGCGAGGCCUCUGGCGCCCAAUACCGUCGGACUCCAGACUAACCUUGCCCCGCUCACGGUCAACAUCCAGCCUCAGGCCGUCCUCUCCAUCCUCGACCACGCCGUCCGACGAGACAUCCGAGACACCCAAUCCACCCGAGUCAUCGGCGCCCUCGUCGGCACCCGCUCUGAAGAUGGCACCGAAGUCGAGGUCCGCUCCUGCUUCGCCAUCCCUCACACCGAGGAGGAGGACCAAGUCGAGGUCGAUGUCGAGUACCAGAAGAACAUGCUCGCCCUGACCCUCAAGGCCUCCCCCCGCGAGCACCUCCUCGGCUGGUACACCACCUCGCACGAGCUCAACAGCUUCAGCGCCCUCAUCCAGAACUUCUUCGGUAGCCCUGACACGGGCACCUUCCCCCACCCCGCCAUCCACAUGACCAUCUCCACCGAGCCCGGCGAGGACAUCCAGACCCGAUGCUACAUCAGCGCUCCCGUCGCCGUCAACGCCGAGCGGGCUGCCGACAGCUGCCUCUUCAUCCAGGUUCCCCACAAGGUCCUCUACGGUGAUGCCGACCGAAGCGCCCUCGAGACCAUUGCCAGCGCCAAGGAUGCCGAGUCACGGACAGCUCCCCUCGUCUCCGACAUUGAGGGCCUCGGCCGAUCUAUCGAGCAGACAAUCAACCUCCUCGACCGGGCGAGCGAGUGGAUCAACGGCGUCCUCGAUGAGGAUGAGGAGCCCAACAAUGCUAUUGGCCAGUACCUCAUGAACGCCCUGUCCCUGGCCCCCAAGGUCGACCCCGAGCAGAUCGAGCACGACUUCAACAACCACAUCCAGGAUGUUCUCAUGGUCAGCUACCUGGCCAACACCAUCCGCACCCAGAUCGACCUUUCUCAGCGACUGGCCGUUGCCAACCUGACCAGCCCCGAGAAGGAGGGUGAGGGCAAGUCCGAGGAGAAGGGUGGCCAGCGGGGAGGCAAGCGAGGAGGACGAGGCGGCGGUCGCAGCGGAGGUCAACAGCGUGAGCCCCGGGAACCCCGCGAGCCCGCUGAGUAA